CAUAAUACGUUGAAUAUUUCAGUUACCCAAAACAAACACAAAUCUCCUCAGAUCUCUUCCACAUCAAGAAAUUUUCACAAGAAGAUGGAUCAAGAAUUUGAGGAAUCAUCAGAGCAGAAGCUUAACAAUGAAGAUGAACAACAAGGCCUAGGCCUAGCCCAAAACCAAGAAGACCAAAGCCAAGGGCAAGACCAAGGCCGGGCUCUAGCGCAAGGGCUCGAAGAUCACAGCCAAGAGCAAGGGGAAGGGCAAGGCAAAGGGCGUCUCUUUGGUCGAGAGACACCCGUGCACAGCGCUCUCGGGGGUGGAGCAUCCGCGGACGUCAUUCUAUGGCGGAACAAGCAGAUGUCUGCAUCGCUGCUAGCAAGCUCGACCGUCAUAUGGCUCCUCUUCGAAUGGAUAGGCUACCAUCUCAUCCCUUUCAUAUGCCACUUCCUCAUUCUCGCUUUGGCCACCCUCUUCUUGUGGUCCAACCUAUCCUUCUACGUUCACAAGUCGCCUCUCAACUUGCCAGUCAUCGAGUUGCCACAGGAUUUUUGCACGGCCGUUGCUCUCCUACUAUGCGACCGAUGCAACCAAGCUAUCACCAUGCUAUGGCAAGUCACUUCAGGGAAGGACUUGAAGAAUUUUCUAACUGCGAUUUUCGCCCUAUGGGUCGUCUCCAUUGUCGGGAGCUGGUUCGACUUCCUGACUAUCAUCUACAUCAUUAAUGUGUUGAUUCUGACGAUGCCCCCGUUGUACGAGAAACACGAGGAUCAAGUGGACUCGUACGCUCUAAAGGCGAAAGCCAGGCUGCAGAGACAAUACAGUAAACUGGAUGAAAAUGUUCUUCAAAAGCUACCAAAAGUUCCAUUCAUCUCAGACAAUAAGCAGCAAUGAUGGAAAAUUUAAAAAAAAUCUAAAAUAUGUUUAGUGCUGAUAAAGAUCCAAAACCUAGUGAUGAUUUCGGGCGAAGGACCUGGAUUUACAUUUGUUUUAGUUAUCUUGGCUUAGUAAUUUUAUGAUCACA